AUGCUCGCAGAGGCGCUCUCCAAGUUCGGUGCACCCUCACAUCGUGUUGAGGCGCAGCUCGUCGCAGUAUGCAAAAUUCUCGGGCUCAUAUGUACCUUCGUCCAUUUGCCCACCGUCAUCCUCUGCGAGUUCGGUGAUCACACAGGCCCACUGACCGAUAACCGUCGGUGCCACGUCGUCGACCGACGAGGCCAGCUCUCCCUCGGGGCUCUUCACGAAGUGCACCAAACCUACCGGAUGGUCGUCCACGACGAGAUCAGUGCGAAGACCGGCCUCACCCGCCUACGCAGUCUGAUGGACGCGAAGCCCAUAUACAACAUCUACUGGAGGGGUGCCUUUUCGGUCUUGCUGGCCAUCGUGAUCUGCCCCCUUGCGUUCGGCGGGUCGAUCAUCGACAUGUGGGUUGCCGGCGCAGGCGCAUUCUUGCUGUUCCUCGUCCAGAAUACGGUGUCGGCGAGGUGCGGGACGUUCUAUGCGAACGUUUGGAACAUCUUGGUUACUUGCACCAUCUCGUUCGUUGCUCGCGCUCUCAACGACAUCAGAGACGAGAUGUUCUGUUGGACAGCCAUCUCUUCCGCAGGUAUUGUUGGCAUCCUACCUGGGUUCCUGAUAUUGUCCAGCGCUCUAGAGCUUGGUACCAAGAACAUUGUCACCGGCAGCAUGCACAUGAUCUACGCGCUCAUCUGCACGCUGUUCUUGGGCUUUGGUCUGCAGUUCGGUUCUGACUUGUAUCUGUUCCUCAGCGUGAACGACAUCGUAAACGGAUGCUACCGCCCAGCCUCAUUCCCGUGGUACCAGCAGCCGUUUCCCUGGCAAACCGAGUUCAUCCUCGUUCCUGCGUUCGCGAUCCUGCUAUCUGUCGCGAACAUGCAGCCGUACUGGACAUGGGACUUCCCGGUCAUGAUCGUCAUUGCAAUCUGCUCCCAUCUCAUCUUCGGUCAUUCAGAUAUCGUCGCCUCCGUCGGAGCUUUCGCUGUUGGCAUUCUGGGGAAUAUAUAUUCCCGAGUAUGUGGCGGCACUGCGUUCACGGUCAUGGUGCCUGGUGUUCUGUUCCUCGUGCCGUCCGGUCUAUCCGAAGCCGGAGGUAUCGAUGCUGAGGGCCAUGGCAUUGCGCUUGGAUAUGCGAUGCUUCAAGUCACUGUUGGUAUUUCGGUUGGGCUGUUCAUGAGCUGCGCGAUUGUCUAUCUGUUCGGUAAACGCAAGAGCGGUGCCGUCUUCACCUUUUAA